AUGGCGACCGAAUUUCUAGCCGAAAACAAUGUCUGCGGGCAGACUAUACUCCAGAUUGUUGCGGAGGGCAAUACCAUCAUAUGCGAGUUGCUGCGGCUAAAGGAUUACGUUCCGGAAUUGUUUUAUUUAAAAACGAAGGAAGAACAACAGAAGUAUGGCGAAAUUAUCAAGGAUUUUAGCUACUUCCAAAUUGCCGAUGCGCAAGAGGCAAAGAUCGAAGCAGAUGGAAGGCUUCGCCAGAUUGACGAGGAGCUUCGCGAAAACUAUAUCGUCACCCUGAACCGGUUCUACAUCGUGUUUGAAAGCAUACACAAAUACGUGAAAGAUCUGAACGCGUUCAUCGAGGAGCUAAAUACGGGCCUCUUCAUCCAGCAGUCGAUGGAGAAGGUGUUUCAGGACGAGGAAGGAAAACAGCUUAUGUGUGAAGCAUUGUACCUGUACGGCAUGAUGCUCCUGGUGGUCGAUCUGCACAUUCCGGGCAUCGUGAGGGAACGCAUUCUGGUGUCGUACAAUCGGUACAGCGCGUUGAAAACGCACAGCGACAGCAGCAUCGACGAAGUUUGCAAGCUGUUGCGUUCUACCGGCUUCAAUGAUGUCCCGGCAGGCAGCGGGAGUAGCGGUGGAGGCGCUGGGCGUAAAGCGACCAGCUAUCCGGAGGAUUACUUUGCCCGCGUUCCUAUCAACCGGCUCUACAUCGAGCUGGUCAUCGGGCGGUUGCGGUCCGACGAUGUGUACAAUCAAAUCACCGUGUAUCCGCUGCCGGAGCAGCAUUCAACCGCGCUUGCUAACCAGGCUGGCAUGCUGUACGUGUGCCUCUUCUUCUCACCCAAAAUGCUGCACAAUCAGCCGGCUCGGAUGCGCGAAAUCGUGGACAAGUUUUUCUCCAACAAUUGGAUCGUAUCGCUCUACAUGGGCAUCACGGUGAAUCUCAUAAGUGCCUGGGAAUCUUUUAAGGCGGCUAAAACGGCCCUAACGAACACCCUAGACAACGGAAAUCUGAAGGACAUAUGCCAGCGGCAGAAACAAUCGAUGGACGUGCUGCUCAACCGCACCCGGAACAUUCUGCGGGAGGGAAAUCUCACCGAACAGAACCUGCUCGAUCACAUGCCGAAGGUGAUGGCGCUGGUGCGCGACUGUAACAUCACAGUCCGGUGGGUGCUGUUGCACACGAGCGGUUCCAGCACCCUCGAUAUGACCUCCGCGGCCGUCUCCAAACGUUGCCGGCAAGUACGCGAGCUGAUCGAGCAGGAGAUCGACUUCCGGGGAGUGGUUUUCUUCGAACUUCUCCUCAACACGAGCCAGCUCGAGCUGAAGGUGCGCGAAAUCUUGAAGCGGCUGCUCGAGGAAAAAGACGACCGUUGGGCGGAGUUCCGACGGGAGGCAACCUCCCGGAUGCAGGACCUUACCGAUGCCUUCUCGGGCGAGCGUCCGUUCGUGAAGACGCGUAAAAACGACAGCCUUAGCAAGUGCUUCGCCAACAUCCGCAAGGAAAUCGACGGAUUGAGCAAAGAGGAAAAGUGCAUCAACCAGACGGGCCGGACGAUCAUCCAGCUGCUGCAGGCGCUCGAGGAAGUACAGGACUACCACGGGCUGAGCAAGAACAUGCAGGUGAAGCAGCACAUCGUCGAGACGCGCCAGUACCUGCACGAGAUGUUCCACACGAUCAGCAUCAAGGAGAACGAUCUGAUCAAUCUGCAGCUGAUCGGUGACUUCAGCUACGCGUGGCGGCUAAUCGACGGCUACACGGGCAUGAUGCAGGAAAACAUCCGCCGCCAGCCGCGGCUGGUGAUAAAGCUUCGCUCGACUUUCCUGAAGCUGGCAUCGGCCCUCGAAAUCCCCCUGUUGCGUCUAAAUCAAGCCGAAUCCGAGCACCUGAUCGACGUGUCGAAGUACUACAGCAACGAGCUGGCAAAUUUUGUGCGCAAAGUCGUGCAGAUCAUUCCCGAGACCAUGUUCGCCAUUCUCGCGCAGAUAGUCCACCUGCAGACGAACGUGUUGCGCGAGCUGCCGGCCCGGCUCGAGAAGGAACGCAUGAAAGAGUACGCGCAGUUCGAGGAGCGAUUCCAGAUCGCGAAACUCACGUACACGCUGUCCACGUUUACCGAGGGCAUUCUGGCGAUGCAAACCACGCUCGUCGGUGUGGUUGAGCUCGACUCCCGGAAGCUGCUCGAGGAUGGCAUCCGGCGCAAGCUGGUGCAGAACGUUUCCGAGGCGUUCCAUCAGCAGCUGGUGUUCAACGCGAAAGCCAAAGAGUCGGAGCUGUAUCCGCGGCUGGACGCGCUACACAAGAUCCUUCACGGGUACCGGCGAUCAUUCGAGUACGUGCAGGACUAUCUGAACAUCCACUGUAUGCGCAUUUGGAACGAGGAGAUGGCUCGCAUCGUGCGGUUCAACGUGGAGAAGGAAUGUCAACCGUUGCUAAAGCGCAAGCCACACGAAUGGGAACAACCGCUGGCGGAACUGACCGACACCGAGGGAUGUUUGGCGCCGAUUCCCGUCUACAACCCGGUCGAUAUGACGUCCGUCAACUUUAUGGGCCGGCUGGCGCGGGAAGUGCUACGCGUUACCGAUCCCAAAACCACGAUCUACAUCGACAUCUGCUCCAGCUGGUACGACUACAAGACGCACAAGCUGCUGUUAACGAACAAAUUCGCUAGCAAAAUCAACGACGCGUUCGGUCCUGCCGGUCUAAUCGGGCUGGAUCGAUUGUACGGUGCGAUGGUGAAAAGCGAACUCGAGACGAUCCUGGCGAGCCUCCAGCGCAAGAUCCAACACGAAGCGAACUGGAGCGACGUGUUGGGCACGAUAAAGAGCGAUCUAGAGAAGGCGGACAUUGUGGAAAACCCUGGAAAAAGCUACGCUACCUCGCUGUCCAACGUGAACCGUCUAUUCUCGUCCAGUGCCAUCGGCGAUUGGUUGCUAAAGAUCGGCCAAAAGCAAACCCUCCGCAGCCAGGUAGCCCUGGAGCUGAACUGCAGUUGUAAAAUACGGGCCACUAAGCUGGAAGCCUCACUGAUGACGCUGAAUGAAGCCAUCCUGCUGGAGUUCCAGCGCCACCAGCUCGAUGAGAAUCACCCCGUACCACAGGCGGAGCUCGUGGCGGAACUCAACACGUACCUGCUGUACGCAGGAUUGUACGAUCCGUACCGGAAGGUGUAUCUGAAGCAGGAAACACCACGCUUUCUCCCGCUUGUGCUGUUCCUGUUCGUCGUGUCCACACUCGGCAAGCUGCAGUACAUGGAAAACGUGGACAGUCUGGUGGCGAAGCGCAAAAACGAAGCCAUCGAUGGACAUCCGCUCACGAUCGGUGUGCUAACCGUGCUGCGGCAGUUUGACGCACUCGAAACGGACAUCUUCCUGCAGUACCUGUGCCAGUACGUGCUGUCCUUCGUGCACGCGAGCUUAGAAGCCAAAAACGCGAUCGGAACGGAGGCACUGUUUGGGUUACGAUUUCUCGAAAUCUUCACGCGUAUCGCCGACAUUCCACGGAGCUACCUGGAGCAGUACCUACCGGUGGUCGUCCUCGAUCAGCACGUGUUCACGGCGGACACUAAAUGACGACGGUUUUCCUUUGCACUUUUCCAAUAAAAACUCAUUACACACGCGUGCUUGUUACGU